AUGCAGGGCCACAGUGCCACUGCCCCAGGAGGAAAGUGGUCUGCAGCGUCACAGCAUCUGGCCAUCUCUGAGACUCAGAUUCUCCGCACGGUCAAAGUCGGAAGAGACGAGUUCCAAGGCGCACCUAGCGUGGGGUGUAGCGUCCAGCUGAGCCAGCCGUGUCAUCCUACCCCAGAAUGCCGUCGCCUCCAGACCUCGUAUAUUGAAGCUUUCGAGCUUCAGAAAAAGGCUGCUCGAGAGGUUGUUCGGCUCGUCGGUGAUUCCGAGACAAGAAUGGCUGAUGGUGGACGAAACGCCGGGCGACUAUAA